ACCUUGACAAGUUUCUAUGUGUUUUAAACUGGUUAGCUGGCAACUAUCUGUUUAGUUUCUUAAAAGUAAUUUUUCAAGUGCGACAUAAACAUGCGUUUAGAAACUAUUACCUUUUCUACAUUCGUUUUAAUCGGAUUAUUUCUUCACUAUACGUAUGCAUCCUGCCAUUGGAGAGAAGCUGAUCUGUGUUUAGCGACGUUAGCAGUUUAUGGAAACGUCUAUGGGAUAGUACCUAGCACAGAGGACGAACUUAAAGUCUUUUGUCGCUAUAUGAAGGAAUCGCAUGAUUGUAUCAGAGAUUUUGCUCAACAAUGCCUGACAGAUGAUUUAAUCGACACUGGCUACGUACUCGUCGAAUCAACUCAUCUUUCUUAUGGUAAAUUCUGUAGAAAAGGUUCAGAAGAACAAAAAGAAUGGCUUAAGAAGUCCCCUUGUGUGGCCGCACACUUUAAUCUAACAAGACCGUGCAUCGAAUACGCUUUGGCAGGCAUAGAAAAUUUAGGAGUAAUUUCUAACAAGGAUCGUUAUCCGACGUUAUGUUGUGUUUUUAAUAACAUCAUGCAAUGCAUUAGCGAAAUAAUAAACGAAAACUGUGAAGGUAGUUCGGAAGAUAUGGUAACGACAAUGAUGAGAAACAUCUUGAGUGAUAUUCCUAUUGUAGCGUGUAAACCGUUCAAACCAAAAAGCAAGAAAUGCCUCAGUCUUCUUCCGCCUCCCAAUAGCAAAUCGAAAGGCAAAGAUUCGGAUUCUCAAUUAGUUCAAUUAUUGGCUGAAUUUUUGAGUGUUUGAUUAAUAUUUUUAAACACAAAAUGUUUAUAUGUUCAAGUAUAUUAACUAAGAAAACAAUAUCUAAACAUAAAUGCCAAUUUUUCUAAUCAAUAACAUUACCGAAUGAUUUUCAAUUUAUAUACGUUCAUCUCAUACAUAUGUAUUAUCUUUCGGAAUACAUAAAUCUAUUGUUUUCCUCUUUAAAUUCUAUAAAAAUAACUAUAUGUUAUAUUAAAUUUUAUUGAAUUAUUGUUUCUGUUAA